GCCUGGCUCUACUGCAGGCGCUGGGGGUUGGGGUGGGGGAGAGGCCCAGGGCACAUGAUGCCGCCCCCAGCCCGCCCAGCACAUGACCCAGGCAGGCCGGCGGGGUCCUGGCACACCCGAGCCGCGUCUGUGAACACAGCCCAUGGCCUCCCCGCGCCUAGGGACCUUCUGCUGCCCCACGCGGGACGCGGCCACGCAGCUCGUGCUGAGCUUCCAGCCGCGGGCCUUCCACGCGCUCUGCCUGGGCAGCGGUGGGCUCCGCUUGGCGCUGGGCCUUCUGCAGCUGCUGCCCGGCUGCCGGCCCGCGGGCCCCGGGUCCUCCGCGACGUCCCCGCCGGCCUCGGUCCACAUCCUGCGCGCUGCCGCUGCCUGCGACCUUCUCGGCUGCCUGGGUAUGGUGAUCCGGUCCACCGUGUGGUUAGGAUUCCCAAAUUUUGUUGACAGCGUCUCGGAUAUGAACCACACGGAAAUUUGGCCUGCUGCUUUCUGCGUGGGGAGUGCGAUGUGGAUCCAGCUGUUGUACAGUGCCUGCUUCUGGUGGCUGUUUUGCUAUGCAGUGGAUGCUUAUCUGGUGAUCCGGAGAUCGGCAGGACUGAGCACCAUCCUGCUGUAUCACAUCAUGGCGUGGGGCCUGGCCACCCUGCUCUGUGUGGAGGGAGCCGCCAUGCUCUACUACCCUUCCGUGUCCAGGUGUGAGCGGGGCCUGGACCACGCCAUCCCCCACUAUGUCACCAUGUACCUGCCCCUGCUGCUGGUUCUCGUGGCGAACCCCAUCCUGUUCCAAAAGACAGUGACUGCAGUGGCCUCUUUACUUAAAGGAAGACAAGGCAUUUACACGGAGAACGAGAGGAGGAUGGGAGCCGUGAUCAAGAUCCGAUUUUUCAAAAUCAUGCUGGUUUUAAUUAUUUGUUGGUUGUCGAAUAUCAUCAAUGAAAGCCUUUUAUUCUAUCUUGAGAUGCAAACAGAUAUCAAUGGAGGUUCUUUGAAACCUGUCAGAACUGCAGCCAAGACCACAUGGUUUAUUAUGGGAAUCCUGAAUCCAGCCCAGGGAUUUCUCUUGUCUUUGGCCUUCUACGGCUGGACAGGAUGCAGCCUGGGUUUUCAGUCUCCCAGGAAGGAGAUCCAGUGGGAAUCACUGACCACCUCGGCUGCUGAGGGGGCUCACCCAUCCCCACUGGUGCCCCAUGAAAACCCUGCUUCCGGGAAGGUGUCUCAAGUGGGUGGGCAGACUUCUGACGAAGCCCUGAGCAUGCUGUCUGAAGGUUCUGAUGCCAGCACAAUUGAAAUUCACACUGCAAGUGAAUCCUGCAACAAAAAUGAGGGUGACCCUGCUCUCCCAACCCAUGGAGACCUAUGAAGGGGAUGUGCUGGGGGUCCAGACCCCAUAUUCCUCAGACUCAACAAUUCUUGUUCUUUAGAACUGUGUUCUCACCUUCCCAACACUGCACUGCCAAAGUGUAGCGGCCCCCAAACCUUGCUCUCAUCACCAGUUAGAGCUUCUUCCCGAAGAGCCUUUAGGAUAGGAGAAACGAUUCAUGCACACGCGUGUGAGAAUGGAAGAGCCCCCUCCAGACCACUCUACAGCUUCUCUAGCCUUAGUUGCCACUAGGAAGUUUUCUGAGGCUGGCUGUAAAGUAAGUGUAAGGUCCACAUCCUUGGGGAAGUAGUUAAAUAAAAUAGUUAUGACUGAG